AUGAGAUCUAGAUUUCUUCCCACAGGUGAUAAAGUUGUUGUCCCAGACAUCAGAAACACGGCAGAAUAUGGCAAAUUAUUUGAAGAAGAAAUAUUCUAAUCUAAAAUAAGAGCUCAAAGAGAAUAUGAGAUGAAACUUUAGGAGUUCUUAGAUCAAGUUAAAGUUGUCGAUGAUUUUGUCUUUAAAAUCUUAGAUAUCAUUUCAACAUCCCUUUAGAAUUCCUAAACUCCUGACCCCUCCUUACUCAGUGAAUUAAAGAAAUUGAGAUUAUCCCUUAAAUUUGAUGAUCAUUACAAAGAGAGCAUUGAACCACUCAAUGAAGCCUUGCUUUGGAUUAAAGCUUCUCAGCAUCUCUUCUCAGUUAUCAAUCAAAUUAAUCUACUGAGAAACAUUAUCUGUGCUCCCCUAUCUUAGGACUAUAUUAGAAGAAUGAAAAACUUUUCAGAAGAUUUCGAAUUGCUGCUUAAAGAACAUAAAUCCAUUGAGGUCAAGUCUCCAUUUAGUUUUAAACAAUAAAAAUAACCAUAUUUAGAAUCUGCUUAACUAUUUGAUGAACUCUUGCUAAGAACUCUGAAAGCUAUGAAACUUAUUCAAUAAUAUUCUACCUACAGCAUGCAAAUAGCUGCAUAUUACACUGAAUUUUAAUAUCACAUCAAUGGUUCUAUAAAAGUGAACUAAGAAUACAUGGAACUUAUUCACAGUUUAGUUUUAUUUUAUUAAAAUGAAUCAUCCCAAUUUACUCCUUUACAGAAGGCUUUGGAAGGAAUCCCAAAUAACGGGAUAUUCCAUGAGCAAUUAGAAAAUGUAAAGAAUCUAUUGCACAAUUAUAGAAAAUAAUUGAACUUAGAGGAUUUUAAGGAAUUAGAUCUAGUAUUCUAAAAGUAUCUAAAGCAAUAGUAACCUAUCUUUUCUCUUGAAUAAUUGAGAAUUGAUUUAUUUUUUAUCCUAAAUGAUGAGGAGGACUUUAUAACAGUAAUGAAAAGCUUUAAAAGGGUUUGUUCUCAAUCUAUUUUAGAUUUAGAUUCUUAUGAUGACUUAUUAAAGGAAUUAAUUAAUUUCACAUCUACAAAAAGAGACAAUAAAAUUUCAUAAUUAGAAGAUAACUUCGUCAUAGUAUCAUUUGUCUAAAACGAUAAAAAGGAUUGGUAAUAAUUUUUGAAAUUGUGCAUAACUAAAUUAGGUGUUUUUUUAAAAGAUGCAGAGAAAAAUCAAGUUGAAAGUCCUUAACACUACCUAAAUGACUUUAAACAUUCAGCUAAUUAAUUAAGGCCUUAAAAAAAUACUUUUAGUAAUUCCAAUUUAUUGUAACUUUAUGAUAAAAUUAUUGAACUAUUUGAAAUUAAUUUAAACAAGUGA